AUGAGCUCUCUCGCCAGCUUCUCCAGACUCCUGUCGACCUUGUUUUCCUCCAGUAGCCAACCCGCGUCACUAGUACCUGAGCCGGACUCGGGGAAACUGUCUGCCUGGGAAGGGGACAAGUCUCGUGCGUCCGACUCACGCGGGCGGGAUGAAGAUGCUGCACCCCUCGUCCAUGACGAUAGGAGCGCAGCUGAUAUGCCUACUGCGCCGAGUGCCACUUCGCCGAUUCUAGAUUUAGCUCAGCCCAGCUCCGCACCAACGACGCCCCCUCGGCCAUCCAUCGUCAAGUUCGCCAGCCUUCGCGGCCUCAGGGGCCUCUCGCACCGUACUCGGAUACUCCAUCUUCCACACUCUCGCCGCCGGUCUUCCGACUCAUCUGAUGACGGUAGCUCUAGCGAUGACAAAGAGGCGGGCUCAGGUAGUCCCCCGGUGGACAUACCCACUAUUAUCAUCACAGAAGCGCCAACGAGUGACUCCGAAAAAGAAGACAAGGAGAAGUCGCAUGUAGCUACUGCAGAACACGCGUCCCUGAGGCGCAGCUCAGUCAUCUUUAACCCUUCCUCGGAGCCGGCUGGCGAUGCCUCGAGGUUGAGCGUCCGCACUGCUCGAGCGAGUACUCGAGCGAGCACGCGGACAAGCGUGCGCAGUGGACGAACGAGACGCACCAGGCGCUCAAUCGCUACGUCGCCAGGCUCUACGUCACUCGAACACACGCGCUUCACUCCUUCUCAACUCACCGCACUCUCGCGUGAGCGAUCAAACCGACGAUUCGGCGCCCGCCUCAUGCACCAUGACCACCACUACCCACACCGAGGCGCUUACGCAGACAGCGACAGCGACGAAGACGUCAACGGCUUCCUUUCCGAGAGCUCCCUCUUCUCCUUCUCCAACGCCGACACGCGGACGCUCUCGCGCGACUCGCUGAGCGAGUACGAGCACGGCAUCCUGAACACGCUGUGCUUCUGCCUGUGCUGGUCGCCCAGGCCGCGGGCUUACGAGUAUGACGCCUGA